AAUGGGAGCAUUAUUUUUUAAGAAAGGAGUAGAUAAACUUCAACCACCAACAAAAUCAUUCUUUGAAUUUGAACUAAAUAAUAUAGAUGGAUAGAAAACUUAAUUAUCUUAAUUCAAAGGCAAAAAAGCUUACAUUUGUGUGAAUGUUGCUUGUUCUUGUGGAUUAACAUCUUCAAAUUACAGUGAGCUUGUUGAACUUUAUAAAACAUAUAAGUAUCAAAGAAUAAUAUUUUAGUGCUUAAGGUUUAGAAAUCUUAGGAUUUCCAUGUAAUUAAUUUAUGGGUUAAGAAUCCAAACCUGAACCUGAAAUCAAAGAAUUUGUUCUCUCUAAGUAUGGAGUAUCCUUCCCAUUGUUUUAGUAAUGAUUUAAAAAUAUUAAAGAAAAAUUGAAGUGAAUGGUUAAAAUACUCAUGAAGUUUAUAGAUAUUUGAGAUUAAACAGUUCAUUAAAAGUCAGUUCUAAUGAAGCAAAAGAAGUACCAUGGAAUUUCGGAAAAUUCUUACUAAAUUCAUAGGGUUAAGUAGUCAGAUUUUAUAAUCCAGAUGUCAAACCAAAAGAGAUGAAACAAGAAAUCGAAAAAUUGUUGAAUUAAUGAUUGU